ACUCUUCCUCCCCACUCUCUCUUUCUCUUUCUCGGUCUCUUUCCCCGAAUAAAUUCUUCCUCCUCCCCUGCCGCAAGGAAGGAAGGCGCCACCAUACCUCAGAAUUCCUCGACCUCCCGGCCCCCGAUGGCGCCUCACUCGGCUUGACUCGGCUCUCCUCGCCCCCACCGCCAGAUUCGGGAGUUGGAACUCAUGGCGGUGAAUUUGUGUCCCCUGUGCCUGUAACUCUGGGCACCAAAUCGUUGGGCGGAUCGUAUGGGGAAUUGGAUAAUCGAGGAGAGCUCCAACAUUUUGGUGAUCUUUGUCACUGUCGCAGCCAAUUUCGUCAUCGCAGCGGUGGAAUUCACGAUCUGGAGCUCCGUCUGGUGUUUCCUGGCCAUUUUCUCUGUUAAUUUCUGAGCAGAAGUCUCGUGCUGUUAUUGAUCCCCCCUCUAAUCUGUGGGGGUCCUUGGAGCAGAUUGACAUAGGGUUGCGACAAUUGGGGAUGAAUUGGCCUUCUAGUUGAUUUCUGAGCGAGGGUCAUUUUGGUUUGAUUGGAUUUGAUUGGAUUGGAUUUUGAGGAUGGAGGACAGGUUCGUCGAUGCCGACGAUGUGUUCGCUGGCAAUUCAAGGUGCGAGGAUGACUUCAGGAGCUGCUGCGGGGAUGAAGAGUGGGAGGACACUGAGGAGUCCUUCACGGCCGGUGUCGUCAAGGGGGGGCUUGACGAGACUUCGGUGCUGCUGUUCUUCAAGGGCGUGUCGAGCUCGGAGGCAGAGGGGAAAAAGUUGUCUGGGAUCGGUGUGGUGAUGGAGAGUUCACCUGGGGUGCCUGUAAUUAGGGUACAGAAGAAGCUGGAUUUCUAUGUGGAUGAGCUGGUAGCUGAGCACUUGGCACUGAUGGAUGGCCUCUUGGUGGCAUUGCAGAAUGGCAUAAAGAAGAUCUUCGCUUUCACUAAUUCAGAGAAGCUAUACUUUCAGAUUGCGGAAGCUGAAAUUCUUGAAGACCAGCUUUUGGUAGCUUUAGGACAUAGGAUUCUUGAACUGGUUGAUAAGUUGGAAGACUUUGAUUUAAUAUUGCUCCCCAGCUUUGAACUUGAGAGGCCGUUGAAGUUGGCCAAAGAAGCAAUCGGCAUCAAGUAUUUCUCUCCAUAUGAGGUUAGCACCUGCCCGAUAUGCUGUGAGGAAAGGCUAGGGUCCCAGAUGAUUAAGGUGGGCUGUUCCCACAAAUUUUGCUAUAGUUGCUUGAUUGCGCAUGUUGAAGAAAAGCUGCAAGCCUCAAAGCUGCCUAUAAGAUGCCCACAGUUCAGGUGUAAAUAUCAUAUUUCAGCUGGUGAGUGUAAAUCAUUUCUGCCGGCUAGGAGCUAUGAAUCCCUGGAGAGAGCUUUCGCAGUACCUGGCACCUCAGACAUGGAAAGAUUUUAUUGCCCCUUUCCAAAUUGUUCAGUUUUAUUAGAUCUUAGUCAGCACUUCUCUAGGGCAAGUUCAUCAAGUCAGUCAGACCUCAACUGUGUUGAGUGCCCAGAAUGCCAUGGAGAUAUCUGUAUCAACUGUGGAGUGCCAUGGCACAUGAUGAUGGGCUGUGAUGAGUACCAAAGCUUGCCUAUUGAGGAAAGAGAUGCAGGCGAUUUAUCUUUGCAUCGUCUGGCACAAAACAAUAGGUGGAGGCGCUGUCAGAGAUGUCGACGAAUGAUCGAACUCACAGAAGGCUGCAUCCAUAUGACUUGCUGGUGUGGCCAUGAGUUCUGCUACUCCUGUGGCGCUGAGUACAACAAUGGUGUACAGACAUGCCAAUGUGUUUUCUGGGAUGAAGACAGCAUCGAGCCCUCUCCAGCAGCGCAUUCCAGGCAGGCAUCGGAAAUAUGGGCAUGGGACACCUUCGACUGCAUGCCCACCGCCGUCGAGGGAUACUCGGAGCAGGAGAGGGCGCAGCUAGCGCUCAUUCAGAGGUUCCUCGCAGGGGGUUUCAGCCUGGGGGACCACCCGAGCCAAUCGCCACCCCGCUGCUCUGACUCGUACAUUGUUGACACCAUGAAGGACCUCCACCAGCUGCCAUGGCUCGAGCGGUUUGUAUCGGUGAUCAGUGACACCUACAAUGACGAUUACAUCCAGUGAAGAAACAUCAUACAUAGCAUUAGAGAAAAGAUGGCACAUACUGGGUUCCAUUUGGAAUAAAAUAUGUUCCCAUGACCCUGUUAAAAAUUGACACAGGAAAAGUGAUGAUAUGCUUCUAUACCUAUGCUGGCUUUUCUCUUUAUUAACUCUCUUUAGAUUUCUGUGCAUCAGCAAAUAAUAUUUUUUUUCUGCUGUC